AUGGAUGCUCUCUUCGCCCUUCCUCCUGCCCCGAGAGCUGAUUUUCUCCGCUCUCUGCUCCAAUCUUUUCGCUGCACUUACGUUUCUCUCUGGCAGUAUGAUUCCAAUCUAUCCAACUGUGUUCCUGGACUCGCUUUCAGAAACCACAUUCCCUACAUAGAGCUCCAACUAUUAGAUCUUUUAAGCCUGACAUCCACCGAAAUACAAAAACAAUUCUUUCAGAUUGCUGUUUUCAUGGGGUGCAGAAUGGGAGAAAUAGAGCUUGGGUUCUCGAACAAGUCUCAAGCUGACAUUCAUACAGAACUUAAGAAUUUAUUCCCAGAAGAUUUCUAUACUCAUUCCCAAUCAAUUGAUCAGAAUCCACAAUCAUCAUCAUCAUCUUCUUUCAUAUCAAUAUCUACGGGUAGCCCUAAUCAAUGUUCACUCAAUAUUUCCGGCACUUCCCACUCCAACUUUCCUGAAGCCCUUGGUGUGGCUCCCCCACAACCUAGUCCACCCCAACAAACAAUCCACGCAUUAUCUCAACCAAACUAUUUAAAUUUAUCCACACCAGAUGCUGAACAUGAAGAAAUAGUAAGAACAUUAAUCCAAGUUAUAUCUUCAACUUCGCAGCUGCAUCAACCCCACCCAAUUUUGCCUCAUACUUCAGUAAUACACCCUGAAACUACCGCUUUCACGAGAUAUAGACCAGAUAUGAUAAACCCUGGUAUAAAACCCCAUACGGAGUCCAAUUUUCGCAGGCAAAGCCUGCACAAUACAUCUUUUGCACUCUUUCAAAAUUCAAAUUCUAAGAGAAUGAGAGAACGCGAUACUAUUCAAGUUCCCCAUCCAAUUAGUACCCAGCAACAUUUUCAUAUGAUAUCAGAGAGAAGAAGGCGUGAAAAACUCAGCGACAGUUUUCAGGCACUUAGAGCACUUCUUCCUCCGGGAACUAAGAAAAACAAAGAGACAAUCCUUUCAACAGCAAUGGCUGAAAUUGAAAAACUUAACAUGAGAAAACAGCAGCCGAUGACAGAUUUGUCAGGCAAGGAAGGUAGUAGUUGUGAAGAAAACAGAGGUAGGUCCUCUAACGAAAGAUUGGACGUUCGAGUUCGGCAUACAUCAGAAUCAAGUUCAUCAAAAGAGCAUAUGGUGGACUUGCAAGUGACGGUGAGAAGACAAAGUUCUCAAAUUGAUCUGUUGCUUCCCGUAUUGAGAUUCUUAGAAAGGGUUCAGAACGUAACCUUGAUUUCUACGAACGCAAACAACCAUGUUACAGAAGGAGGGGCAACCAUUAAUGAAAUAACCUUCAGGCUGAGGAUUAUUGAGGGCAGUGAAUGGGACAAACGCGAGUUCGAGGAAGCGAUCAGAAGAGUGGUAUUUGACGUAAUACAACGCCAAUUCCAACUAUAA